GGUCGGCUCUGUUCUCGCCCCGCCCUCUCCCCGCCCCCUCCCUAGAUAUCGCGAGAGGGCGGGCCCGCUUGGCUUCGGCGUCGGCGUCGCGCCCGCCCUGGAGCUCUAGGCCGGCGUCUCUCACCGAGCGGCGGGUCAAGUGCUGGCGGCUAAGGGAGCGCGAGGAGCCGCCAAGCCGUUCGGCGUUGGCUCUGGCGUCGGGGUCGUUGUGUCGUGACAACCGCUCCGGUGGCCGUUUCCGAGGCAGCAGGUGCGGCCGCUUUAGCCCUGAGCGGGCUCCGCGGCUGCCUGCGAGUCUCUGCUGUGGCGACCCUUCUCUUCGCGGACCCCACGCCAAGCAGCUACCCUGAGCCGACAGCCGGAGCGCCCGGCAAUGGCGGCCUCGACGGCCUCGCACCGGCCCAUCAAGGGGAUCCUGAAGAACAAGACCUCUACGACUUCCUCUAUGGUGGCGUCGGCCGAACAGCCCCGCGGGAGUGUCGACGAGGAGCUGAGCAAAAAAUCCCAGAAGUGGGAUGAAAUGAACAUCUUGGCGACAUAUCAUCCAGCAGACAAAGACUAUGGUUUAAUGAAAAUAGAUGAACCAAGCACUCCUUACCAUAGUAUGAUGGGUGAUGAUGAAGAUGCGUGUAGUGACACUGAGACCACUGAAGCCAUGGCGCCAGACAUCUUAGCCAAGAAGUUAGCUGCUGCUGAAGGCUUGGAGCCAAAGUAUCGGAUUCAGGAACAAGAAAGCAGUGGAGAGGAGGAUAGUGACCUCUCACCUGAAGAACGAGGUAAAAAAAAGCGACAAUUUGAAAUGAAAAGGAAGCUUCACUACAAUGAAGGACUCAAUAUCAAACUAGCUAGACAAUUAAUUUCAAAAGACCUACAUGAUGAUGAUGAAGAUGAAGAAAUGUUAGAGACUGCAGAUGGAGAAAGCAUGAAUACGGAAGAAUCAAAUCAAGGAUCUACUCCAAGUGACCAACAGCAAAACAAAUUACGAAGUUCAUAGAAGAGAUUUGUUCAACACUGCAGUUGUUUGUUAGAUAUAAACCCUGUGACUGUAAUACAUUGCUUCUUGCUCUCCACAAUUCAUGACUUAAGUACCAAAAUGCAUACCAGUUAUUAUAUAUUGCCAAGAAUUAAAUGAUAAACUUAGAGACUGAUUAGACUGAAAAUGCCUAAUUGAUACAUAUAUUCUUGUGCCUAGUACUUUACCACAAAUACAGUGUAAUAUCAUCAGUCCAAAACUGCAUUACUUUUGUAAAAACACUGGUUAAUUUGUAUAAGAUAUAUAGCUUUUUAUGCUUUAGAAGUUAAACAGUAUCUUUGGGGGGGAACUAAUUUAUUUUCAUCACUCUUAACUGUGGUGGUAGCUCUUAUAAAGUUUGUUGAUCUGUUGUUUUUUUUAAAUCAGAAGCUGAUUGAACAACAGGAUAUAUAGACUGAUAAAUAUUCAGGCUGAAUAGUAUUUUAACACUCGUCUUCAACUUGAUUUGUUUGUUUAAUUGAAAAGAAUUAUAAGAGUUACUGUCGCAUUUUCUGGCCUACUACCUUUUAAAUUCCUGUUGAGUUUCUUUGUAUUUACAAGGAAAGGACUGAACUUUUUCUCAUCAAAACGAGCUUUUUUCCCCACAAAUAAAUUAUCAGGUUAAACUUUCA